AUGUCGUUCAUCACCGCCAUCCGAGCUUCUCGUCAAGCUCUCCGCUCCAAUAUCAUUCCCGCCUCCACUUUCCACACUUCCGCCGUCCGGAGCUUGAACGAGAAUGACCGACACCGUGACAACCUCGCCGACCACUAUGAAUCCCACAAGCAAGAAGGCCUGAAAGAGAGCAAGGAGGGCAAGGGCAAAUGGAAGUCCGAGCUGGCAAGUACCAGUGAAGCUGAUGUGAGUCUGUCCCUUAUUCAUGCUGUAUUAUCGGCAUCGCAAGGCCGAAAUAUGCCGAGUCUUUAA